ACGGUCGCCGGCGCGGCGGGCUAGUUGUGCGCUUCCCGCGUCUCGGGCUCUCGCCGCUCCUGCUGUCACUCGGCGUUGGCGCUCUUCCUGCGAGGCCCGAGUCGGCUGCCCCGAUCACCUCUUCGCCGCCCGUAGCUGCGUCGUUGUGACUCCGCCACCAUGUUCGAGGCGCGCCUGGUCCAGGGCUCCAUCCUGAAGAAGGUGCUGGAGGCGCUGAAGGAUCUCAUCAAUGAGGCCUGCUGGGACAUCAGCUCGAGCGGCGUGAACUUGCAGAGCAUGGACUCGUCCCAUGUCUCCUUGGUGCAGCUCACCCUGCGCUCCGAGGGCUUCGACACGUACCGCUGCGACCGCAAUCUGGCCAUGGGCGUGAACCUCACCAGUAUGUCCAAAAUACUAAAAUGUGCUGGCAAUGAAGACAUCAUUACACUAAGGGCUGAAGAUAAUGCAGACACCUUGGCACUAGUAUUUGAAGCUCCAAAUCAAGAAAAAGUUUCAGACUAUGAAAUGAAAUUAAUGGAUUUAGAUGUUGAACAACUUGGAAUUCCAGAACAAGAGUAUAGCUGUGUAGUAAAGAUGCCCUCAGGUGAAUUUGCACGUAUAUGCAGAGAUCUGAGUCAUAUUGGAGAUGCUGUUGUGAUUUCCUGUGCAAAAGAUGGAGUGAAAUUUUCUGCAAGUGGAGAACUUGGAAAUGGAAAUAUUAAGUUGUCACAGACAAGUAAUGUUGAUAAAGAGGAGGAAGCUGUUGCCAUAGAGAUGAACGAGCCAGUUCAGCUAACUUUUGCACUGAGGUACCUGAACUUCUUUACAAAAGCCACUCCACUAUCUCCUACAGUAACACUCAGUAUGUCUGCAGACGUACCCCUUGUUGUGGAAUAUAAAAUUGCUGAUAUGGGACACUUAAAGUACUAUUUGGCCCCCAAGAUUGAAGAUGAAGAAGGUUCUUAGGCAUUCUUAAAAUCUAAGAAGAUAAAAUUUUGAGAACUGCUUCUGAAAUGCCAGCAUUUACUAAAGUUUCAUCUGUCACCAAAUUUGUACCUCUUAAGUACAUAUGUAGAUAAUGUUUUCUGUAAAUAUGUUUUUUUCCUUUGUUCUCUACAAUUUAAAGGGUAAAGUUUAAAGUCAUCUUUGUGUUAACCUAGAAAUACUUCUACCUUACUGAAAAAUAUACCAUGAGUUUUUUGUUUUUUUUUUUCUUAACAAAGGUUUUGACUCAAUAGUUUUAAGAAUUAUGCUUUCAAUUUUAAUAAAAGUUGUUUGGAAUUCAA